CUCGGCUACUGCUCGCUCAGGCUGCCGUCGCCGCCGUCACCACCACCAUAGCUCUCCUUUGCUGCGGGGCCACAGCUUUGAGUGUCAUUCAAGGGACAGCACAGCCUCACCCAAGCUCUCCUACCUCUGCCCAGCCGUCCCUCUCAUCCUCCCCCUUCCUCGUCCACACUCCAUCCAAAGAAGAGGGAAAGCAUCGAACAGAGGGGAAGGAAGGCAAAGUCUGCUGUUCUCACCUCUUGGCCCCCUUGCUCCUCCAUCCUCACUCUCUCACCGCCAAACCCUCUACCCCAAAGGAACCCCUCAGAAGCUGAGGCGACUAGCCCCACUGCCAUGUCCAAAAGCUUGAAAAAGAAAAGCCACUGGACUAGCAAAGUCCAUGAGAGUGUCAUUGGCAGGAACCCGGAGGGCCAGCUGGGCUUUGAACUGAAGGGGGGCGCCGAGAAUGGACAAUUCCCCUACCUGGGGGAGGUGAAGCCCGGCAAGGUGGCCUAUGAGAGCGGAAGCAAGUUGGUGUCGGAGGAGCUGCUGCUGGAGGUGAACGAGACCCCCGUGGCGGGGCUAACCAUCAGGGACGUGCUGGCUGUGAUCAAACACUGCAAGGACCCCCUCCGGCUCAAGUGUGUCAAGCAAGGAGGAAUUGUUGAUAAGGAUCUUCGUCACUACCUCAACUUACGAUUUCAGAAGGGUUCUGUGGACCACGAACUUCAGCAAAUCAUUCGUGACAACCUCUACCUCCGCACUGUGCCAUGUGAGUACAACAGGCAAUGA